CUUCAAAAGUGUACCUACUAAUCAAAUUGAUUUUCACCUUAUGUGCAAGUGUAAAACGGUGCUGAAAAAUACAAUCGUCGCUUUGCUAGCAAAGUUACUAAGCCUAAAGAUUGAAGAGCUAACGUAUACGGAAACUAAAGUAAAUCGGUAGUUCUGCAUUUUUGAUUACAACUAGGAAAAAAUCCUGGAAAAUUUCUUCAGUUUUCUUUCCACACAAGGAGUUGCUGCUGCUGUUGCUGCCGUUUGCUGCUACUAAAUAUUGCUGAGCUUUUUUCCAGAAUGCUUUUCCCAUGGCUUUCCACUUUUGCACCUGCAGCCUACUAAUUGUUGCCUGAUACAAUCCGAAUAGAGGAAAAAAAACCUAAAAAAGGACAUUUACUGAAUCCUUUGAUCCACAACACACGAGUGUCGAAUUAGCUGGGCAAUCGAAGUAAAUUUACACACAGUACAAUGUCGAGGCUGUUCGCCAAUACGGCCUAUCUGGACGACGCCAACGGCAACACGGUGCUGGCGAAACCGGUGGAAGUGUCAGUGCUAGCUGGAGUAGCAGUGGAAGAGCCCUCAAAAUCGUCGUCGUCAUCGGUAGCAGCGGGAUCCAACAUCGAUCAGCAACACCAAAUUCUGGCCUCCGGUGAAACCCUCAUCAUUCACUCACCAUCGAACGAUGACCUCAGUCAGAGCCUAUCGGAGUACACGGAUGCCGACGAAAGCCUUUCGGCACCCACAGAACUACUGGCCGAGUUUUUGUCUGCGGUGAUGUUACGAGAUUACGUGAACGCCCUCAAAUACUGCAAGCUAAUACUGCAGUACGAACCGCACAAUGCCACCGCCCGAGAUUUUUACCCACACAUCCUGUCGAAAAUCGCUCUCGGGGAGGCGGCCUCCAGCAAUUCCGUCCAUCACCAGCACCAGCAGCUUCAUUCCCCGACCGGGGACCAGCACUCGGGCGAAAGUGACGAGAAUUACAACUUUGCCUACCACAAUGCAUCCUCGUCGACGGACGAUUCGGACGACAUCGAAGUGGUGAUGGUCUGCAGCAGCGACAGUGACCAUUCCGAUUCGAAUUGCAGCUCGUUUUUGGACUAUUCCAAUGAGGAGGACGAGGAAGACGAUGGGGACGAUGGAGCGGCAGUUGAAGGGAACGGUCAGGAUGCAGCAAGUGAGGACAGUAGAAGUAGUAGUAGGAGCAGCAGCAGCAAUAGUGAUGAUAAUGGUGAAGUGAAUUUUGGUGAUGCGGAAGACCAAAUCAACUGCAACAGUACGGAAGAAUCGGACCAGAUGCCCCCCUCCCAGUCGGCAACGGAUAACAAUACUUCCCAUUCAUAUAGCAGUCUGUUGCUCGAGGAGGAAGAAAAGGACCUCACUCUGUCCGAUAUAUCCAACCUGAACAUCGAGGACGAUGAAAAUGCAGAUGACUCCGGAGAAAGCCCCGCACAACCCUACACGAGCCAUCCCCAGAGCCAGCACAACUCGAUGCCGGACCAACAACAACAACCCAAUCAUCAGGACGCACAGCCGGUCAAACCACAACCAAACAGUACCCAGCCACUGGCCUCGAAGCUGGUCGCUCUGCUAAGAUCUAAAGUCAUUCCUUCGAAGACGAUGAACAACGAUUAGAAUUAUUUUCGUUGGGUUUGGAGGAUUACCGACUUCAUCCGACAUUUGUGUAGUGUUAUCAUUCAAAGUUAAGCAUCACACACAAUACACACAUCUCCUGUGUACGUUAGGCCUUACGAACUAUUUUUAUGUUAAUAUGAUUGUACUUGGAUUUUGUCUUAGGGAAAAUACUAACUCUUAUCGGUAGAUGACGCUGAGAAUAGAGUUUGUGAUCGCUUGGGAAGAAGUAGUUCGUUUUGUUCUGUUUUUAAAAUUACUGAUAUUUACAGCAAGAAGCGAUAAUCACUGAAAGACCAACUUCUAAUGGAGACAUAGCGUAACUUAUAAUACACAUAUUAGGUGCAUAUACUAUACAGGGGAAUACUAAAUCGGAGAUCGAAAGCAAAAAAUUCAAAUACGAAAUGACUGAUAUCUUUUUAUUUACUCAAUUAGCACCAAUACAAAUGAGGCGAAUGUUUGUUUAAGAAAAUAAAUUUUGCUUUUCUGUUUAAAACAAGCAUAUUCUGUUUGAAUCAGCUGAACAUAGACUGGCACAGUUUGCGGAAAUCGAUUUUGCGAUUGAGGGAAAAGGUUUUUUUCAUAGGUAGGAUAGACUAGUACACGAAAUAAAACUCAAAGUAGAAACAUCAUAUUUGAUUUCGAUCGCACAUAUCUAGAAGAAUGGAACAUGUUCCUUAACCAGUAUUCUAAUACAUUUACCACACAGUUACAACACGCAUACCCAAAAAUGUAAGGAUCACGCAAAGACCGAUAUUGGAAACUUACUGAAAAAGAUAAACCUUAUUUAGUAAAAUCACAAAAGAAAAGAAAACAUUUAAUACGCUCAAGCUCUUUCUGUUCGAAUACAAUCUUUUAAAAGCUUGAUCGACCAUAUAUAGUGACAAAAAAACUCAUCAGAAUGUACACGAAAAAAGAAAAUUUCAUUAAGUUCUGCUAUAUACCUUUCAAAAUUCACAUUCGAGACAAGUAAAAAAAAACUCAAAUCUAUCGAGAUUCAUACAAACAAAAACUAAGUGCGAUUUAUUUGAUUCUGAAAGUACCUUUGAAGUAUUUCAAACAUAUACAAAAAAAAAGAAAAUUGUAAGAACUUAUAUAAAUCAAUUUCACUGUAACGAAAAUCGAUCUCGUGGAUUGUUCACAGUAAUCUCUGAUGUAUGUGGAUGUAUAAUGAAAAGUAAUAAAGUGAGAUGAAUUGUCAUAACA